CAGCAUACUCUCAUUUUUCUGUUUAACAGCGCCACCUCUUAAAAGUGACCACAAAAAGAAAAACUGUCUAGCCCAAAACCUGAAUACAACAUGACAGACUAUGCCGAACACGCGAUAUCUGCCCCGAUAACGCCGUCAUCUGUCCACUCACCACCUACGUCCGCCUUUUCUUCACAAUUUCACUCUCCAUCCUUAUCUCGAUCACCACUCCUGCACUCACCAGAGCACCCAAAAACAACGGCUACAAGCACCAAACCGAAAACUGGCAGCAAAAUAACGUUUUCAAACACGCCACCAGUGGUUUCGGCUCCUCCAUCACAGAUGCACUCACCUUCGAUGUCACGGUCACCGUUUCUUGGGACGCCAGACCGACCCGUGACUAUGCCACCUAGUGGAGCUAGAACACCUAUGGCUUAUAUAAGGUCUAGGAAUUUAACACCUAGAUUUUUGACACCUUUGGGUAGUCCUUUGAGAAAAGCUCUUCAUCUUACAAAAUUAGACCCAACGGACGCAUGGCUUCCUAUUACGGAAUCAAGAAAUGGAAACGCGUAUUAUGCCGCUUUUCAUACGCUCUGCUCUGGGAUUGGAAUUCAAGCACUUGUGCUCCCUGUUGCCUUCACUAUUCUUGGCUGGGCUUGGGGAAUCAUAGUCUUAACAUUAGCAUUCAUAUGGCAACUUUACACUUUGUAUUUGCUGGUUAAUCUUCAUGAAUCACCUGAAACCGGGAUUCGUUACAGUAGAUACAUGCAACUUGCGAAUGCAACAUUUGGUGAAAGGUUAGGCAAGGCCUUAGCGCUAUUUCCAAUCAUGUACUUGUCAGCAGGUACAUGUAUGGCUUGUGUUAUCAUUGGAGGGUCAACAGCCAAAAUAUUCUUUCAAGUUGUGUGUGCUGCCACAGAAUGCAAAGCAGAGACGCUCACAACCGUUGAAUGGUACUUGGUGUUCACUUGUGGUGCAGUCCUCCUUUCUCAACUACCCAAUCUAAAUUCAAUUGCUGGCAUAUCGCUCGUCGGAGCAAUAACUGCCCUCGGAUACUGUACAACCAUAUGGGUUGUGUCUGUAUCCGAAGGCAGACUUCCAAACGUAUCUUAUAAUCCUAUCAGGAUUGGAAGUGAAGUCUCUAAGAUUUUUGACGUCCUAAAUGCCCUUGGUAUCAUUGCUUUCGCAUUUAGAGGACACAAUCUCAUAUUGGAAAUUCAGGCCACCAUGCCUUCAAGCGAGAAGCAUCCAUCAACAAUACCAAUGUGGAAAGGAGUCAGAGUUUCAUAUGCUCUUAUUGCAAUGUGUUUGUUCCCGCUUGCAAUUGGAGGUUAUUGGGCUUAUGGUAAUUUGAUUCCAUCCGGUGGGAUGUUGACUGCACUAUUCAUGUUUCACUCACAAGACCUAGCAAAGUCGAUACAAGCAUUAACAAGCCUAUUCGUAAUUAUCAAUGUUCUUAGCUCUUUCCAAAUCUAUGCAAUGCCAAUAUUCGAUGAGAUGGAGUCAGUAUACGUGACAAGGUAUAAGAAACCGUGUGCUUGGUGGCUCAGGGUUAUCCUAAGGACCUUCUUUGGGUUCUUUUGUUUCUUUCUCGCGGUAGCAAUGCCAUUUCUACCUAGUCUGGCUGGUUUGGUUGGUGGAAUAUCUUUGCCUGUAACAUUGGCAUAUCCGUGCUUCAUGUGGCUAAAGGUCAAGAAACCAAAGGUCUAUAGGGCCAAAUGGUGGCUAAAUUGGGGACUCGGGGUUCUUGGAAUGGGCUUAAGUGUGCUCUUGACUGCGGCUGGGCUUUAUGUCAUAAUUGAUAACGGUAUCAAGCUUAAUUUUUUCAAGCCCGAGUGAUCGCAAUUGGCAAGUGCAAUGAGAGUUUAUAACUUCCUAGUGCCAAAUUGCACUUUGAACCAUUUUGUUUUUAAGCUAGUUUGUAUGUAAGUAUAUGUUUGAGGUUGUAGUCAGGCAACAAAAUUUGUUCAAAGAAAUUCUCUUUUAACAAAUAAGUUAAGUUGACAUAAUGACAUUUUAUCUUGUCAUUCAAUAUAAUUGUACUAUAUAUACUCAAGAAAGUAUUGAAAAACACUUGAUAAUACCAGUACUUUAAAUAUUCUCUAG